AUGGGGCUCCUCUCUGAAAACAAGACCUCAGUGCUCAUCCAGAACUGCACAACUUGCAGUCACUCCGUGAACCCCACCCGGGCCCUGGUGUUGGGUAUUGUGCUGGGAUCCUUCAUCCUCUUCGCAAUCUUGGGGAACAUCUUGGUGGUCCUCUCCGUGGCCUGCCACAGGCACCUGCAGACGGUGACCAACUACUUUAUCAUCAACCUGGCCAUCGCCGACCUCCUCCUCAGCUGCUCCGUGCUGCCGUUCUCCGCGACCCUGGAGAUCCUCGGGUACUGGGCAUUUGGGCGCAUCUUCUGCAAUAUGUGGGCGGCCAUGGAUGUGCUGUGUUCCACCGCCUCCAUCAUGAGCCUGUGCGUUAUAUCCAUAGACAGGAAUAUCGGAGUAAGCUACCCCUUGAGACACCCAACCAUCAUGACGGAGAAGAGGGCUCUGUUGACCCUAGUGGGGGUUUGGAUGCUGGCUUUGGUUAUAUCCGUUGGCCCCUUGUUUGGUUGGAAGGAAGCCCCUCCAGAAGACGAGACUAUCUGCAAAAUCACCGAGGAACCGGGCUACGUCUUGUUCUCCGCCUUUGGGUCUUUCUACGCCCCCCUGAUCAUCAUCCUCAUUAUGUACUGCAGGGUCUACAUUGUGGCCAAGCGAGAAACCAAGAGUCUGUAUGCUGGGACCAAGCGAGAGAGACUGCGGGCGGACCAAGUCACCUUACGCAUCCACCGAAGAGACACUCAAGCGGAGAACUCUCCCAGACUCUCCGACCACCGCUCCAAGAGCAAAAGCACUCAGCUUAAAACACACUUCUCGGUCUUACUUCUCAAGUUCUCCAGAGAGAAGAAAGCCGCCAAGACUUUGGGAAUAGUGGUGGGAGGCUUCAUACUCUGUUGGCUCCCGUUCUUUGUGGUUCUACCAAUAGGUUCCUUUUUUCCAGCGUACAAACCCCCGGAGACUGUCUUCAAAAUAACGUUUUGGCUCGGCUAUUUUAACAGCUGCAUAAACCCAAUUAUAUACCACUCUUCAAAUCAAGAAUAUAAAAAGGCAUUCCAGAAUAUUCUGAAGGGCCAGUGCGGACACAGAACACGUUCGUCCUUGGGAGACAUAUCAGUAAGCAGCCACAGGAAGGAAGGAGACAGGGAACUGGGACGCCUUUCUGUGGGAUCGCGGGAAACUUUCUACAAGGUCUCAAAGUCGGACGGGGUAGGCGAAUGGAAGUUAUUUUCGGAUCACGGAUCGAAAAGUAAACGCAACCGGUCUCUGGACGUGGGAGGCAGCCCGAUGUUAUGUUCCUGUGGCGCCGUUUCCAAUCACAGCAUGGCAAGUUUGAAACUACACACUAACUCCAUCGGUGACUACGGGGAUCCCGUUUGA